CUUUUCGGAGUCACACUCGUUCUUUACACGGUUCUCGGAGCGGCGCCUCUUUUGUGGAUUAGUUUUGCGACACUUGAGUUAGGAAUAAUCGGCAGUUAUGGGUAUCCCUAUGUACCAUGAGCCUUCUUCCGCAGAGGCCACUAAAAACAACAGCGUCAAGGACCCUUGUGCUGCCGCUCGCUCUGCAAUUCGUCGCCAGGCCACUGUCCGCCGCCCUUCGCGUUAUGGCGGUUCUGCUUGGCGCGGUGGCACUCUGCGCUCCCCAUUUCCUCCCCCUAUAAUUGAUGAGGUAGAGCGCGAGGCGAGCGGACUACCGCGUCAUUCGCAUUCACCAGCUUCGAUGCCCACACGUUCCAGCGAUCCCUUUGACCUCAACAGCAGCCUGGCCGACACCAGUCGGCGGUUGCGAAUGAUUGAUGACGCUCUUCGUCAUCGGCCAAGUCAUAGGCUACGGAUACCGCGAACCUCGACUCUAUCAGAUUUGAACUCGCGCUCUGCCGCUGACGCGAAUGCCCGGCUAGAAUCUCAGGAUCAUCUCCCUCUCACGCCCCGAUUCGCUCCUGCCGUCGCAUAUCAUAGAUCUUCAACACCUUUGGUAGGCUCAGAUUUUCUUCGGCGGUCACCUCAUGAUGGUCUUGGUGAUGAGGCUCCGGCAGGAUCAUUCAUACCUUUAUUGCGACGCAUCGGUCAGCGCUCCAUCAACGAUACGAGUCUGACAGGCCGUGGGCCGUUUAUCGACGGCCUAGGAGACCGCCAAAGAAGCGUUGACUUAGAUGACGACCACGCUAACGAUGCUUGGGAAACCCUUUUGACUACUAUAACGCCCGAUACCAAUCUUCCCAGUGCUGAUUCUUCUUUCACUUCCGCAUCUGCCUCUGGGUCGACUGGUUCGCAUAAUGAAACUUUGAGAAGUUCUGCAACAUCACUCGAGUCCGUUCUGAACCCUGUGCCUUCCACAGUACCCACAUUUCAGAUGACGCUUAAUCCUUACCAAGAGUCUACGAUCCCUUGUGACUACCCCAGUUCCACCGAUUCGGAUACCGAGUCAGACGGCGAAAUCACCCAACAAUCGCUAUUCCGGCGCUACCGCCGUCGUAUGCGAGAGGUCGAGUCCUUGAGACGCUCGCAAAACCGCCAAUCGGUUAUUAACAAUGCUUCUUCUAUUCCCACUAUAUCUCUUGCCUUCUCCGAUUCCUCCGCGGACCAGGAUCUACAGAACAUGCAAGCCAUUCUGGAUCGUCUUGCCCGUCGUGAAUAUGUUCCUGAUGAAUGGUGGGCUGCAGCCGGACUGUCUCGCACCAUUGAUCAGAGGACACGGGCGGGCGAUGAUUCCGACAGUACUCCCGGGCCAGAAGGUCCUACUAGGCAUAGAUAA